GUUUCCGGAUUUAGAACUCCAAACUCUUAUUAAACUAUCAGAUAAACUACAAUUUUCCAUUUUCAAAGUCUUUUGCUGAUAAGUAUCCCGGGAGUCUUCCUAGCCUGUUUUCUGCUGUGCAGACUCGGUCAACCAUGUAAUCCCCUCCGUUGAUCUCGCAGAUUUAGCACGUUUCAAAGCUUAAAGAUCAGACUUUUUGAGUACCCAUUUGGGGGUUUUCCUCUUCUGAUCUGUGAUAUGCAUAUAGAAGAGGACCUUGUUUCUUUUGUUCAUUUGAUUUGCAGCAUCUGAGGGCUGGGGUUUCAGGUUUGAGUUCAGGGAUUCAAUCUGAUGAAGCUUUGGAUACUUCAAUCUCACUGUGAGGGCAGUUUUGGAGGUUUUUGACGCUUACCCUUUUGCUCAUUCAAUCUCUUCUCAAACGGGUUGGUGCUGUUUUUCUUAUUAUUGACUGCUUGAUUAUCAAGUUUUGAUUUUUCUUUCCUUGGAAUGGUGGGUUUUCUGGUUUUUUUUUUUUAUGAACUUUGAAGCGGUAGAAGCUGCAACCAUAACUGCCGCAGAACGGUUUUGAGGCUUUGUGUGUUGUCGGCUUCAUGGCUUCCAACAAGAAACCCAGAAUCAAAUAUGCAGCUCUUCGCAGAUUCUUGGCUGUGGUUUUGAUUACUUUGUUAGGAGUUUUUCUGUUGAUUUUUCUCCUUAGAACAAAUUCAAUUUCAAGUUUUGUUGAUGGGCCUCAGGAUGAAGAAGUAGAUGAAGGCUACAAAUUGAAUGAUAACUACUCUCAUUAUAGACAAAUACUCAAUCUUCCUAAACAGAAUAAAUUGUCAAUUAGAUUGGACAAGCUCAACCAGAUGCCUCCUAGAAACAUAGAUCUUUAUCCAAAUCUACCUAAGGAUCAUAUAACUAUUGUCCUAUAUGUUCACAAUCGACCUCAGUAUCUCCGAGUUGUAGUUCAGAGCCUCUCUCAGGUAGUGGGGAUUAGUGAAACUUUACUUAUAGUCAGCCAUGAUGGGUAUUUUGAGGAGAUGAACAAAAUUGUGGAAGGCAUUGAGUUCUGCCAAGUGAAACAGAUAUUUGCUUCCUAUUCUCCCCAUGUCUUUCCCAAUAGCUUUCCUGGUAUCUCACCAACAGACUGCAAGGAUAAGGAUGACCCGAGAAAGAAACAUUGUGAAGGAAAUCCUGAUCAGUAUGGGAACCAUAGGUCACCAAAGAUUGUGUCAUUGAAGCAUCAUUGGUGGUGGAUGAUGAACACAGUGUGGGAUGGAUUGGAGGAGACUCGGGGUCACUCGGGUCACAUUCUUUUCAUAGAGGAAGACCACUUCAUUUUCCCUAAUGCAUAUCGCAGCCUGCAGCUACUCACAGCUCUGAAGCCAAAGAAAUGUCCUGAUUGCUAUGCUGUGAAUUUAGCACCAUGUGAUGUGAACUCCAAGGGAGAAGGAUGGGAGAAUCUGAUUGCUGAGAGGAUGGGAAAUAUCGGCUAUGCCUUUAAUCGGACUGUGUGGAGGAAAAUCCAUAGGAAGGCUACAGAAUUUUGUUCUUUUGAUGAGUACAACUGGGAUAUAACAAUGUGGGCUACAGUUUUCCCCUCAUUUGGUCGCCCUGUUUACACACUACGUGGGCCAAGGACUACUGCUGUUCACUUUGGGAAGUGUGGUCUUCAUCAGGGCCAGGGGGAGAGGGGUGCUUGCAUUGAUCAUGGCUCGGUGAAGAUUGAUGUAGAAGACAUUGAUAAGGUUGUCAACAUCAAACCAGAAUGGGGAGUGCAUGUGUAUAAGAAACAGCCUGGGUAUCAAGCUGGGUUCAAAGGUUGGGGAGGCUGGGGGGACAAAAGGGAUCGUGAAUUGUGCUUGAAUUUUGCUUACAUGUAUCACUUGCGCGACUAUCCAUCUCCAUCUGCAACGAGUUGAGGUGCCUUGUGAGAUCCUGGAUUCUUCUGCUGAGUAGUUUAGGAAAGGCAUAAUUAGCAACUGGUUGUUUGUAACAUCUUGUAGGAUUUCUCAUAUUAUUUUUCCACGAUAUCACAUAAAUGAAAUCUGAUUUUUCUUCUCUAUUGGGCAAAUUUGUAUUGGUUU